AUGAAUACACGUGUGGCGCCUCCCCAACAAAACCAUGAGCCCACCAAUCCUUGCAUUACACCUUUUAAACGAUCUGCCGAACACUUCGAGCUCCAAACCAACAGGGAACCAAAACCUGGUAACGAACCUUCUAAAUCACGCAGACUGGAUUUUAUGAAAAACCGAAUCAGAACCAAUCUAGAGGCAUACCGUUUUCUUGCAGAAAAAUCAGAAAGCGCCUACCAUUACUUCACCCUUGGAAAUCUAUCGGUGGCCGCAACCCAUUACAAAAAUUUCCUGGCCAGGUGUUCUUGGUGGAAGACUUCGGUCAAGGAAGGUGGACAACUUGUAAUCAUCCGGUCAAUUUUCAAUCUGGCACGCUGUUAUCUUGCCAUGGGCCAGUUUCGUGAGGCCGAAAUCACAUUGCAAGAAUUGUGGGAUUUGAAAAAAGGUGGAUCGAUUUCCUCAACAGAUUCCAUGUUUACAGAACUGGCCGUUCUGUAUUCCGAGGUGAAGAAAAAUUCUACCGGCGAUGAUGAGUUAAUUGAUGAUGGACCUGAAGUGUUGGGCCUGGAGCGCAGGAUGAGGAGUGCACAGAGACGUAGUCAGAGCUUGAACGUCACUGGCCACCACAACGAAGCUGUGGAUAUUAUCUACCGAGCACUUCAAUCGCUACCAACAGGUCCAUACAAGUUAGACAAGAGCUUGAGAGACCUUCUUGUUGACCUUCAUCUCACUCUUGCCGAAGGCUACGAAAAAUUGGGGAGGCAUGCUGAAGCAUCCUUGACACUAAAUAAUCCAUCAAUUGAAAUCUAG